AUUGUCUCACAUUUCUGGAAAGCUUGUUUAGCUCUGGAGCAGAAAAACCCUAGUGGAAAUUUUGCAGAGAAAAAUGGUGGGAACGAACCUGAAAGCAGAGACGACGAAGCUGAUGGAGCUGAGGACUGCCAUGGAGCUUGAGAUGAAUGCAAUUAUUGAAAGCCUCUGCUGUCCCGGAGGCCCUGGCCUCUCCGGUAAUCUUCUCGAUUCAGAGGGCUUCCCUAGAGAAGAUGUUGAUAUUAUGAGUAUUCGUGCUAAUCGGCAAAGACUUGCAGUGCUGCGGAAUGAUCACAAGAAUGUCACAGAGAAAAUAAGCCAAAACAUCCAAGUUCUGCAUUCGGCUAGGCUUGCUUCUGGACCUUCUCAAGAUUCUGGGAACCUUACAUCCUCUACGUCUUCCAAUUUCAUUGCCACAACUACUCCAAGUAGUGCCAUGGAUGUUGAUAUUGUUAGCAAACCCUUUGCUCUGGUUGAUGAAAUUACUGAGGCAUCCCCAGCAGCAGAAGAUGGAGUGCAACUUGGGGAUCAGGUCGUAAAAUUUGGUGAUAUGGAGUCCAGUGAUAACUUAUUGCAAAGGCUUGCAGGUGAAGCACAGAGAAAUCAGGGCCGUGCAAUAUCAAUGGUGGUUAUUAGACAGGGCACUCUGGUUAACUUAUCGGUGACACCUAGAGCAUGGGAGGGGCGCGGCUUGCUAGGGUGUCACUUUCGAAUCUUAUGAUGGAAGAUUGCACCAUUAGAACUGCCCAUCCCUGCAUACACUAUAAAUUAUUCUGGACAACAAACAGUUCAGCUGUGGCUUGUUUAUCCAGUGAUCUUUUUUUUUUUCCCAUUAUCCCUUAAUGUCCUGUGUUUCUGAUCAUUCAUAGACUGCAAUUAUGUUAUUGCAAGAAUAUUUCUUUGUUAUUUGAUACAGAUGAAGCACAAUUAAUAGACUAAAAGGCCCUUUUUCCCCA